ACUGUGGAGAAGUUGGGGGCGCUAGGCUGGCACGGGGCAGGGGCAGGGCCAUCCUCUCAGCAGGUAGAUGCCUACGCGGAGCCGAGUCUGGGAAUUGUGAGUUGACUCCUGAGGGCACUUUACACGUCCUCUCAUUUUACCUCCACAGCAAACCCUGUGAGGCAGGUAUUUCCUACAUUAUACAGAUGAGGAAACUGGGGUUUGGAGUUGAACCCAAGUCCGCGUGACUCCUCUUUAUCAGCAGAAACGCUUUCUUCUUCCUCUCCUUCUUCAGAGGGCAACAUCUUUCUUUCCUUCUCCUCCCAUAGAUGGAACCCCACCCUCAAACAUUCCCCACGCCACAAAAAAAAAAGGAAGUGUCAGGUGCAAAACCUUGUAGCAUCACACCCAACCCAUCAGCUCCACCCCAACACAGGGACUAACCUUGUGUCCUGUUGCCUUAGUGGAUUCAGAGUCACAGAAACCCUGUAGGACAGAGAGAAUCCAAGGCUGUAAUCUUUAGGGAAGCAGACUGCCACAUCUUUCUUCUGUGGAGUGGCUUGUGGGUUCGAACUGCCUACCUUCCUAGCAGCUGAGUACUUAACCAUUGCUCCACCAGGGCUUCUUAAGAGCUUGGGCACAAGGUUACAAUGGCAGAGAGGCACAGGUCAUAGUAGAUCAGAUCCAGUGAAUGGUCCAGGUAAGCUUAACCUUGACUCUGACAGUUUGAUUUUCAGAAGUUUAAAAUUAUCUCCCUGCUGAUGUUGUACUCUAAUUGGAUUUGGGGGAAAAAGACUACAGUUGAAUUCUAACCCAGUAAAUUUGGCACUUGUCAAUUAAUUCUCAAAGAAAGAUGGAAUUUAUUUAUUUGGUCUAAAAGUAGAUGUGAGCACAGCUUAAAGUAACUAUAAAUGUUUCUGUAAAGCUAUAAUCUGUGCAUUAUGUAUUUUAUCACUGUAUUUGUACGUGUAUUAUUAUCAUAUUAGACCAUAUUCAGAUAGGGAUGUGCCUUCUAUUUCCAUUUUCUUUGCCAGUGUCUUUAUUUCCUAGGAUGAUGUUUUCCUUGGGCAGUAUUUUCUCUUGUAUUUCAUCUUCAUUAUCUCCUGUUUAGAAAAGAAAAUCAAGACCUCUCUAGAGAAUUUGCUCCCUGUGCACUGUUCUGACCUCAGACAGCAUCCAUGUCUUUAAAUAAAAUGUCUUUAGAAGGUUUUAAUUUGAUAGUGCUUUGUGCUCAUUGGUUAAGAGCUAUGGCUGCUAACCAAAAGGUUGGCAGUUCGAAUCCACUAGCAUCAGCUGCUCCUUGGAAACCUUGGGGGGCAGUUCUACUCUGUCCUAUGGGAUUGCUAUGAGUCGGAAUCGACUCGACGGCAGAGGGUUUUGUGCUUCCUAGAUCAAAUGAAUUCUUUUCACACAUCCUACUGAUUAAGCCAAGGGGAAAAAGAGUUAGUCAAGAGUUAGGGUACAGAUUGCCUUAUAUUCUACCAAGGGGCUAUUGAUCUUCCAACCUCCUUGGUAUGUCCUCCUUAUUUCCUAUGGCUGACGCCUCUUCCGUCAGGCCAGGAAAUGCAAUGGGAGAAGAGCUCCCUGCCUUUCUCAAGAAGAGAGAAAGUGCCAGUUGACAUCGGUCUGUCAGAGUGUUGAUGUAAAAAGAAAAUCUAUACUGCCAGCAGUUAUUCUUCUAGUCUACAUGCGUCUGGGGCUGCUCAGGCCCUUGAGUUACAAAAGAAAUGGAAGGCCUUUUUCCUGCUUUCAUGGAACUUGCUGCUUUAUUAGAAGAUAAGACAUGUAUGAGUAAAACAGUUGAAAAGCAAUUCAAGACCUUGUAUAAUCAAGUGCUAAAUCUGUGUGUGUGUGGGGGGUGGGUAGAGCUUCAUGGAGGAAGAGAGCUCAGCUCAGGCUACAGUAGUCAGGGAAGUCUGCACGAAGCCAGUUGGCUUGAAUCAUGCCCUGAACGAAGGAUUGGGUUAGAAAAAAGAAAAGAGAACUAUGUGUACUGUAUGCCUGUUACUUCUGAGCACUGUACUAAGCAGCAUUUCAUCUUUCUUUGUUCUUAUAACAGACUUUCAAAGCAUAUCUGUAUAUUCGUGUUUUACAGAUGAGAGGGAACUGAGGCCAGAAAAAGUUAAUGUGCCCUCAGAUGUCAAAUAUUGUCUAUGUUGCACAACUUAUUUAGCCUUUUAUCUAUAUUUUCAUAUUUUAAUAUUAGAGAAGCACACCAAAUCCAUCAUGAUUGAAGACAAUAAGGAGAACAGAGACCAUUCCCUAGAAAGGGGAAGAGCAACUCUCAUUUUUUCCUUAAAGAAUGAAGUUGGAGGACUUAUAAAAGCACUGAAAAUCUUCCAGGAGAAGCAUGUGAACCUGUUCCAUAUUGAGUCCCGAAAAUCCAAGAGAAGAAACUCAGAAUUUGAGAUUUUUGUUGAUUGUGAUAUCAACAGAGAACAAUUGAAUGAUAUUUUUCAUCUGUUGAAGUCUCAUACUAAUGUUCUGUCUGUGAAUCCAUCAGAUAGUUUUACUGUGAAGGAAGAUGGUAUGGAAACUGUUCCUUGGUUUCCAAAGAAGAUUUCUGACCUGGACUACUGUGCCAACAGAGUUCUGAUGUAUGGAUCUGAACUAGAUGCGGACCAUCCUGGCUUCAAAGACAAUGUCUACCGCAAAAGACGAAAGUAUUUUGCAGACUUGGCUAUGAACUAUAAACAUCGGGACCCGAUUCCUAAAGUUGAAUUCACAGAAGAGGAGAUUAAGACCUGGGGAACCGUGUUCCAAGAGCUCAACAAACUCUACCCAACCCAUGCUUGCAGAGAGUAUCUCAAAAACUUACCUUUGCUUACUAAAUAUUGUGGAUAUCGGGAAGAUAAUAUCCCACAAUUGGAAGAUGUCUCAAACUUUUUAAAAGAGCGCACAGGUUUUUCCAUCCGUCCCGUGGCUGGCUACCUAUCACCAAGAGAUUUCCUGUCAGGUUUAGCCUUUCGAGUUUUUCACUGCACUCAGUAUGUGAGACACAGCUCAGAUCCCCUCUACACCCCAGAGCCAGAUACCUGCCAUGAACUCUUAGGUCAUGUUCCGUUAUUGGCUGAACCUAGUUUUGCUCAAUUCUCCCAAGAAAUUGGCUUGGCAUCCCUUGGUGCUUCAGAGGAGGCUGUUCAAAAACUGGCAACGUGCUACUUCUUCACUGUGGAGUUUGGUCUAUGUAAACAAGAUGGGCAGCUAAGAGUCUUUGGAGCUGGCUUGCUUUCUUCUAUCAGUGAACUCAAGCACGCACUUUCUGGACGUGCCAAAAUAAAGCCUUUUGAUCCCAAGAUUACCUGCAAACAGGAAUGUCUCAUCACAACUUUCCAGGAUGUCUACUUUGUAUCAGAAAGUUUUGAAGAUGCAAAGGAAAAGAUGAGAGAGUUUACCAAAACAAUUAAGCGUCCAUUUGAGGUGAAGUACAAUCCAUACACACGGAGUAUUCAAAUCUUGAAAGAUAUCAAGAGCGUAACCAGCGCUGUGAAUGAGCUGCGGCAUGAUCUGGAUGUUGUCAGUGACUCCCUUGCUAAGAUCAGCAGGCAGCCAACUAUCUGACUGUCACCAGUCCUGAUCCAGAAGGCAUUUGAACAUCAUUUCAGAGGCCUGUGGGCCAACUCUUGCUUUUCUUGAAGACCUGAUGAUGACGUAGACAAGAGAGACACAGCUUUUAGCCAAACAAUAGUGUAAUUUCAUUCUUUAAUGGAUCUCUAGUCUUUGAAAAUUUUGCACCUAGAUACUCUAUCCACCACCCCUUUCUUUUUUGGUAAUAGUUUUAUUGAGAUAUAAUUCACAUACCAUACAAUUCACAGAUCAUACAUUUCUUAUAGAGAAAUUGUUUGAUCUAAUGGAUAGAUCUAGUCCCAGUCUGAUUAUAUUUCCCCCAAUCUUUCUUGAGUAAAAUGACCUCUAAGAUCACUAAGAAUACCUUAGUGAGUAUUAUAGAGCUGACCAAUAUCGAUACCUAAAAUCUCCUUAUUUCUAACGUAUCUCAUACUAUGACUGAAUUUGUGCCAAGCUUAAUCACAUUUAUAUGCCUAGACUUAAUAGGAGACUGGCUGUCCCUGCUGCUAGCAUGAGCAAAAGUAUACAGGCCUUUGCACAUGAAAUAUACCCAGUGAAGAGCAAGUAGUCCAGUUUCACGUGUAGUGUCUUGUGGGGAAAUAGGAGUAGCUAAGGCUGGAAAGGCUGAUUGGGGGCAUAAUCCUUAAGACCAAGCUAAGAAUUUGGGACAUUAUUUUGUAGGCACUAGGGAGCCCCUUUUCAAGUGACCAUCCUCCUUGAAACUCUCUUUCCUUUCUAUGGCACUGCAUGAUGUUGGUUUUGUUAAUUAUCUGUCCGAAUCACGGGGCCAAAGAAAACUUGGUGCAAGACCCUGCACUCAGGCACACAGUCCCAGGGGCUGUGGUGGGAUUGUUCUCGGGUAAUCAAAGGUAAAGUUCAGACUGAGACAGAAAAGAGCAGCACACAGUUAAAGUUGGAAAAGCAGUGUUGAACAUUUCCCAAGAUACAAGGCAAGACUAAACUGGGAAGGCAAGUCAUGAAGGUACAAGGUGGGGGAAAGGAGAGGAAAUAGAAUGUAAGAAAGGUUUAGGACUGAGGCUGUAAAUAAUGAGAGCAUUGCAAGGGUUGGUUUUGUGUGGUUUCAUCUGUCACAAGGAGUAGUCCUGCUAUCAUAAAGCUGGGUCAAGCUGGACACUCAAAUACAUGUUUGUCUCUUUAAUUUGCUCCUUUUUCCCCCUACCCAGCAAAUGGAACACUUUCCUCAAGUUUUUGUUUUUGCCCCUUUUCUUUCUCUGCCAUCUCUCCAUGGGGAAUGUCAUUCACAUCCAGGACUUCUGGUCUUAUUUCAGUGACCUCAUAUUUGCAAUUCUAUCCCUCACAUCUUUCUUGAAAAUUUGCCCCUUAAUUCUAACCACUUGCUUCAUACUUCCAUCUAGAUGCCCCAUAAAUUAGGCCAAGAUUGUACAACUUCUUGUGGCACCAUUCACAUAGAAUAAAAUGGGGUUGUGCAAUGUGGCAGCCCUGCAAAAUAUCUCAAACUCAACAGGUCUACAAACAAACUCAGAAUCACUUGAUUAUUGUACUUCAUCAGCUUCCUCUUCCAGUGAUCUCAUUUCUGCUAAUGGUAUGUUGAGGAUCAUAUUUUUGGUCAGUUUUCCAGGCUUAGUCGGCUACUUUAAAAACUGUGUCCUUAUUUUUUUUACAUGAACAGUCUAAUUAUGUACCAUGUAAUGUAUUUUAUUUCAACAAACCACUAGUUCUUUUAAUCCUUUUUAGACCUCAAAAAAUUAUUAAAUACUUUAUAAAAAUCUAUUUUAUUUUAUGUUAUCCAAGGAAAUGGAACUGUGAAGAAUAAUUCAUACUAUUUUUGAUUUCUAUAUUAAUUAUAAAUUUUAAUAGCAGAUCACCUCUUAAGUACAGUAUAUGUUUGAUAGUAAAUAGACCUAAGUCGGCUAAUCUAAAGUCAUUUAAAAUAUUGAUUAGCAAGUUUAUAGUCUAUUUGGUUGCAAGGAAAUUUGUUAUAAGUAAACCAUAAUAGGGCUGGGUUCUAGUGAAUUAUGCAUGCUGUAUCUAGUUAUUUUCAUACAACUUAAAUCAUAGUUACUGAAGAAUCAUAGUUACUGAGUUUUAAGAUGAUGGUAUUUGAAAUCACUCUAUGGCUAAAAGCACAUUAAAAUAAAUGUUAAAGGUACAACCCUUACGAUUCACAACUUCAGAAUAGUGGAAAUGCUUAAUGGUUGAUUUAAGUCUUUCUUCUAACCUCUAGAUUUGGGAUAUUUGCUGAAUCUUGAGUCUUAGAAUUUCCAUGCAUUUUUAAAAUAUGUCUUCAGAGCAUCUAGGAAUAUAUUGAUAGUUACUCAAAUAUGGAAAUGAAAUUGAAUUAAAAUCUUGGAUUAGAAUUCUUAAUCAGCCAGUUAUUACUCAAAAACAUUGUAUCUUCCUGAUUUUUUUUUGAAGAAAGCUCAAAAAGCUCAUUGUCAGAAUGCCUACAUUUCUUAAUCUAGAUAUUUUGUCAUUAGGAGUUAAUGCAAAUAGAAGUGGCACACCAAGAUGUACAGAAUUAUUGGUAUUUUUUUAAAAGUUGGCUGUUAAAGUGGAAAAAAAAAAAAACCCAGAAUUUUCUAAAGGAACAAAUACUAGAAUUCAUGUACUAAUUUCUAGGAACAGUAUAAAGAUACCAAGGUUUAUCUCAGCCUAGUCUUUGUUUUCCGAUGCAAUGUGUGUUUAUGAUUUGCAAGUUUGCUGUUCAACUGGAUAAUAAAUGGGUUUCUUGAAUACAAAAUUCAUGUUCUCAAGAGUAUUUUUUUGUGAAACCUGUCACAUUAAAAACUGAUUUAAAUUUACAUUAGCAAUUUUUUCAAUUUAUAUUAGCAAUCACAUUUUUAUGCCUCUUAAGGAGACUAUGGAUAUGAGACAUAGUGAAAAAACCAAACCUG